UUUUCGUAAACGAAAUUUUAUAGUAUUCAGUCAUACAGUAAUCUGAUACUGGUGUGUGCAGCACUAACGUGACUGUUGCUUUAUUAUUAUUGCACGUCAGUAUUAUUUCUGCUCUUUCGCUGUAACAGGUUCUUCCACCCACCUUUAAUCUCUAGUGUAUUUCUAUACUUGAAUGAAGACUGCAAGGUUGUAAGUGGUCAUGGGCAAGAGCUGUAAGGUGGUGGUGUGUGGUCAGGGAUCCGUGGGGAAAACCGCGCUUCUGGAGCAGUUACUGUACGCCAACCAUGUCGCAGGUUCAGAGACCAUGGAGACACUGGAGGACAUUUACAUCGGGUCUGUGGAAACGGACCGCGGCACCCGAGAGCAGCUGCGCUUUUACGACACGCGCGGGCUGCGCGAGGCUCUCGAGUUUCCGCGGCACUACUUCACUUUCGCUGACGGCUUCGUGCUCGUCUACAGCAUCGACAGCAAAGAGUCCUUCAAACGCGUAGAGGCUCUGAAGAAAGACAUCGACCGCUGCCGGGACAAAAAAGAGGUGACUGUUGUUGUUGUGGGUAAUAAGUUGGACCUGCAGGAUCAGAGGAGGGUGGACAGCGAGGCGGCUCAGCAGUGGGCUCGGCAGGAGAAGGUCCGGCUGUGGGAGGUCUCUGUGACCGACAGACGGACGCUCAUCGAGCCCUUUGUCCAUCUGGCCAGCAAAAUGACCCAGCCUCAGAGCAAAACCACCUUCCCACUCAGCCGCAACAAGAACAAGGCCAGCGGCUCUCUGGACAGCUAGAGAUGGAGAAGAUAGCAAUAGCCCUAACAGAGUAACAUAAAGAUAUGUUAGAAGAGAGAUGCCAGGAACAGAUGCUCGAUUUGAUAUCUUUUGAAACAUUUGACAUUGGAGUGCCAUUGUAAGUUUAGCACACCGUAUGAAGAUACUGCAUUAUUGAAGUUUUAUAUUCUUAAGCAUACAGGAUAGAAUCCAUGUGUUUCUGUGACAUAUUUCUCUCAUGCUUAUCUCGAAGCAGUUGACUGACAAAAAAUACUGCUUUUACACUUAAAUAUAUAGUGACAUUUGUGCCAUGAUGACUACUCUUUUGUGACGUCAACUUGACAGAAGAUUGUCUUAAUUUAGUUAAGCGGACUGCAUGGAUGAUUUACUUAUUUCUAUUUGUUUCUAUUUUGUCAGACACAUUCCUAUUCAAAUGUUUACUGAUUUAUUCCAUAAGAACACCUAAGUGUAAUUAGUUUGAGUUUGUUUGAUUGUGAGUGAGUUCACCACUGUGCCAUUAUAGUUUUUACCCCGAUGACUGUAUUUCAUGAAUAUUCAGUCAUAUUGUGUAAUGUUAGCUUUCAAUUGCGAACAUAAAUUAUAGAUUUCUGUUCUUUUUAUAUGGAAAAAUAUGACUUAUGAAGAUUUGACUCUUAUUUUUAGCUGAGAUUGCUUUUAAAUACAUUUUGACAUUAGUUUGUUUAAAAGCAUUUUUGUCUGAAACAAAGACCGUGCGAGCAGCUUUUUAAUAUCUUAAUAAAGCUGCUUGGCUGCAA